ACAAACAGGCAGUGAUGACGAUGUGGAUGCGCGCUUCUCACAACCAAUCGUGCAGCGAUUCAUGCUGCAUGCAUGCAGCUCUCAACAUGUAAAUGAAUGACGUUAGUAGGAUGAGCACAAGCACUAUGACAGCAUUCAACAGUAACUUUCCGCUCGAACUGGACGGACUGAUGUCAACGGAAGCUGUGUGAGAGUUUAACGGGAGGAUAUACUCAAUAUAAUAAAAUUCCUUGCACUUCAAGAAGAGAAGAGGACAAAAUAAAGAAAGAUGAGCAAGAAGAAGUAAAAGAGCCUACUUCACCUUUCCAUAACAGCGAGUGAAGCGGCAUCUGAGGCUUACCAUUUCCAGGACACGCAUAUUUCAUCAUUGGACUAUAGUAAAUGACAGAUAUAAUGAACAACCCAGAACACAGUCGAGAAGACUUCACUAUGAGUGACACCGGAGAGCAAGGCGUUUCCUUUCAGAUUUUUCCAGACACAAAGGAGCGCCACCCCAAGCUGUCCAAGCGCCUGCCCUCCAUCGUAGUGGAGCCCACAGAGGGAGAGGUGGAGAGCGGAGAGUUACGCUGGCCCCCAGAUGACCUGAGAACCACAGACCCUUCCAGCCAUACGCACACACCCUCUGAAGAGAUCACACCGAUGUCCGCGUCACAAACCCAGAUAUCACACAGCCAGAGUGCAGAUGAAGUCAAGUGCAGCAGCCUGGAAACAUCAGGGGCAGCUGAGCAUAACUGAAAUUUAAUAAAGACAUUGUCGCAAGUCUGUCAUUAUCACAAGUCUCAGUUCUCACACAAUUUUCACACUUAGAAAGGCAGAAAAACACAAGAGCAGCCAGUCUGUCAGGCUGGUGUGAAUAAGAUCAGAGCUCACAAUGCUAUAUCUGAGCACAAUUUAUAACACAUUUGUGGCUUUAAAAAGACAUUUCGAAAGUCUUUUGUGCUUUUCAAAAUGCCUUUAAAUUGCUUUCAGAUUUGAAGGCCUAGUUUGUAUCUUUUCCUGAUGCAGAAAUUACGCUGCAUAAAAGUAUCUUCUACAUUUGUAUUUAUGUCUGAGAAUAUGAGUUUCAUUUGGAUGCCAGAACAAAAAAUGGAUUGUAUGAGCCCCUUUAAGUUGAUAAAUUUAAAUGUACAUAAAGAACUGUUCCUUUAUCUUAAGUGAACAAUAUUGCAUCAUCAUUUAUAUAUUAUUCCACUUAAUCAAUGGCAAUACUUAUCAAAUAAAUGGAUGUAAAAUACUGAUUUGAAAUUCUUUUAUUAGGUGAGACAAAAUCACAGAGUGAUUACAAAAUUAUGAGAGAGAUUAAAUAAGCACAGCGAUGUACGAAACCCAUUGCCAGAUGCAUGAUCAAACAUACUGUAUAUAUUUAACGGUUAAUAUACAGAAAUAUUUGACCACAGAAAGUUGUAAUUUAGAAUCAAGUAUAUCAAUAAGCCAUAUAAUAAGCACAACAUACACAAUGGUUUUCGUGUAUUCAUGUCAAAUCUAGAGCAAGAUAUUAUUUGAUUUGUUGUUAUCCCUUUCACUUUGAUGUAUCCCACAAGCCCAUAUAUAUUCGGAAUGAACAUUAUUCAUAACAUGCUCAAUGGCUGAAAACUUUAUGUGAGGAGACUCCAUCCUCUCUCAACACCAUCUGGCUGAGGCUUGUGAGGAAUGACUGCUGCUGAACUUCAAACAUGUCUGCCUGUCAAUCAUCCUGAGGACAAGGACAUCCUUAUAUCUCCCAGCCCCGUCUGACUUUCUGCAGACUUGAAAUUAUGUUUUUUUGUGCACAUACACAAUAUUUUCAAAGUCCCACACUGGACUACAGACAGAGACUGCCUAUUAUACAACUUAAUUCAACUUCUGAUUUUAAUUAGUUGUGUUUGCUAUAAGACAAGCUUGGCUGUUAAUUUUUUCUUUCUUAGGAUUAUAGGAAUUUAAACAGACACCUUGGUAUAUAACUCAUUUUGAACAGUUUGUACUACAGGCAUGAAUGACACUUUAAUUCAUGCUGGGAAAUACUGGGAAGGCCAACUCCAAUAUCAUGACUGGCAGUUCGUAACUAUUUUACGCUUUGGCGAUUCGGUGUCUUAUUUGUAUUAUCUCAUUCGUACGUUUAUGUACAAUCUGCUUACGCCCCAGUGAUGGUUAAUAUUGAGGGGUGGACCUUCAAGCUUACUUUUUUCAAAAAUGUGUUUUUCAUACAAAAUCACCAUCUUGUAAAACAGUUCAAGGUUGUGAGAUUGGGUUGGUAUUGCAUGUACAGUCACAUUUUUG